UUAAUAUUAGUUAUGUUGCUUUGUAAUAUUUUUUUUCCCAAAUACCUCGUUAUUGACGUUAUCGAUCGGUCAAUUAAAUUAAAAGCAGCAACUGAAAAGACAAAUCUCAGUCAUUCCGCUCUAUGAAGUAAAGUAUCGUGUACUGUAGUAUUCCUUCAUCAGGAGUGAGGUAUUGUGUUGGAACCGGUGUACAGUUACUUCAACAAGAAGCGCGACACAGCGACUGGUGUUGGAUAUCCAGACGUGUGAAGGUCACACACACACUGGGUUUGUUGGCUCUAAUAAUAGUGUGGACCGGGGUCUGGAUACUGGGAGGAGGAGGAGGAGGAAGAGGAGGAGGAGGCAGAGCUCAUGUGUCUCCUGCUCGGCUCGGUCGCUUUGUGUCGUCGUCCUUCACCGCUUUGAUUUAUUUAACUUCUUUGAACUCUUCUGAAGAGCUUCUGAGCUCCUCCCUGCGGUUCCUACUGUGGUUCUUAUCUGGUUCUUGAUCCUCGUCGAUCACUUUUUAAACCUGAAGGCUUGUUUCUGGUGAGACCCGGGUGGGUCCAUGCAGCGCUACCGCCACUAUGGCACCUCCUUCCCCCCCGAACCCUCCCCAGCUCCCGUAGAGGAGAUCAGUGCCGAGGAGGAGGUGUACACUGAGGAGGAGGUUUACACUGAGGAGGAGGUGUAUGGGGAGGAGGCGGAGCCGCUGAUACAGGAGGAGGCGGAGCCUGUGGUCCAACAGACAGGUGUAAAAGAGGAGGAGGCCUCGCAGACGAAGGAGGAGGUGCAGCCCAUCGUCCAGGAGACGGGUAGGAAAGAGGGGAAGACGGCGGUGGAGAGCAAGAAUGGAAAGAGUUCAGAGCGAGGAGGAGGAGAAGGAGGAGGAGGAACCGGAACCAAGUACUCCAUGUUCACCUGGUUCGUGGUCCUGGCUCUGCUGGGGGUCUGGAGCUCCGUGGCCGUGGUCUACUUCGAGGUGGUGGACUACGACAGCGUCAUGGCCAGAGCGAAGCAGUUUCGUAUGAACUUUUCAGAAGUUCUGCAAGGCAAGCUGACGGCCUAUGACACCGAUGGAGACGGAGACUUCGACGUUGAAGACGCCAAAGUUCUGCUCGGCUUGACCAAAGAUGGCGGCGGUAGUGCGAACGCCGAGUCGCUUGAGGAGGUCCUUAAUAUUUUAGCAGAGGAGGGCUCUGAUUGGAUCUAUGGCUUCUUCACCUUCCUGUAUGACGUAGUGUCCUCGCCCGUAGAGCGGGGCGAGGGGGAGGAGGAUAAGGAGGUGAAGGAGCAAGGGAAGGAGGCGACAGCCCAGAUGCAGGAGGAGGGAGGAGGCGGCGAGACCCCCUCUGAUGCCGAGGAGGUCAAAGGGGUCGCGCUGGACCUCCAGAACCUGGAGGCCGGGAAGCCGGGCCGGUAGCUCGGCUAUGUGGUCCCAGUACCGCCUGCGAGGAUCGGACUGGGAGCCGCAGGACGACGCUCUGGUUCCCGGUGCCGGGCCCAACCGGGCCCAACUGGGCCAAACUGUCCUGAAAAUGAAAGAGGAAGCUCAACUGGACUUUCAAUAUAAAACCUUUGCUGGCUCAUGACACAUUUUCUUAUUUCUCUUUGUGUCAAAAGAUUAAGAUGAAAUGAAACUUUAAAUUUGUCAACGGAGAGAAAGAAAUGUCGUAAAUGUCACAUUUGAAAGCGGUGUUUUCCUCUGCGUUUGUGCGUUUGUUGAACCUUUGCUGAUCGCGUGGACUCUGCUGUGUGUCGACCUUUAGGUUUGUGGUGCGUUGAUGGCGUCGUGCUGAUCAACGUAAACGCAUCCACAGCAUUCCUCGUCCUGUUGUUGUUGUUGUUGUUGUUGUGAACGCUCCUCUUGUGUUUUGCUCAGAUGAGAAGAACUUAAGAGCUUCUGCUCACCGGCUGAGAAAAGGUACCUCCAAGCGUGUCUUGUUUGUGUGUCUGUGCGUUUCCUGCUCUGAUGCUAAGCUAACGGCUAACCGACCCGUCUUUUGUCAAACCGUCUAGAGGACAAGAAGGUGAAGAAGAGUCCCCGCUGACGCGGUUCUAACACCCUUUAGGUUCUCGCCUGUACUAAACGUGAGCUCUGAUCUGCUUGUUUGCGUUCGUCGUGUUGGAUUGUUCGAGCUUGACUUAACGCUCUGAAAACCGGCCGGAAAAGCAUGUUCUUCUCUUACAAACGCAUCAUCUGUGACCUUUGUGAACAUUCGAUUCUACGCGACCCAUCAAACCGUUUCAUGUUGAAUAUUUUCAGAUUCCAAAAAAAUAGAUCGAAUAAGUUGAAGUUGCGUUGAAGGAGCUUCCCCUCGGUGGAAGUACUUCCUCUUCUGUGUUCGAUGCAGAGGAAGUGAACGUCCUUAUCGUCCUCUGUAUCGUCUCCGCUUGUUGUCGUCGUCAUGGCAACCGAUGAGUUGUAACAACAUGACAGGAACAGGAAGUGUCCGUAUUUGGACUUUGGAGAAAAUGUAUUUAAAUAUUUAACUUGAAUUUCGCUGCCUGCUGGUCAUGUCCUACUCGUUUGCCUCUGCAAUACUGUGCUAUUAAAAGUGUGUUACUAAGUGAA